AUGACAAUGGCACCGGGACGCUUGCGAAACAAGAUGAAAAACGCUUUUUCAAACAUUUCAAUAAUUACGUACAUACUCGUGGUAAUUUUUGGAACUGGUUCGUGGAUUGCCAUCAAUGGGCUCUGGGUCGAGAUGCCAAUAAUAGUUCAAGAAAUACCCGAGAGUUGGUCACUACCUUCCUAUCUAACCGUUAUAAUCCAGCUGGCAAACGUAGCCCCACUGGCCUUUACAGUGGGGAAUAAAUUCUUUCCCCGUGUGGUUCGUGAGGUGCCUGUAAUACACAUCAGUGUGAUCGUGGGAAUUGCGGCGUGCACGUUACUGGCAUUUUUCUGGAAAGAGACAAGUUAUAUCGCUGGAGCUGAACGAAGUACAGCGCUAUUAGUCCUAUGUUUCGUGUUCUCUAUGGUAGAUUGCGCCUCUUCUGUCACGUUUCUUCCGUAUAUGGCUACCUUCCGAGAGAUAUACAUGAGCCCAUAUUUUGCAGGUCAAGGGUUAAGCGGUCUCUUACCUGGUCUGGUUGCAUUAGCGCAGGGUGUGGGAGGAGGGUCACAUGACCCUUGUCCAAAGCCAACAGUAGCAUCUGUUAACAGUACCAAUGGAACCUCACAAAAUAAUACAGAUUCUGGAAGUUGGGGUCCAGGACCCAAAUUCUCAGCAGAGGUGUUUUUCUGGUUUUUGACGGCAAUGAUGGUGGCUUGUGGUUUGGCAUUCAUAGGCCUUAAUUACCUCCCUGUUGCUAAGCGAGAACAGGUGGCUAAAAACUAUGAAGGUGCACAGGCCGGUGAUCAAGCUUUAGAACUUGUCUCCCGUGAGGAAAGGCUAGAGUAUGGAAAAUAUGCAGCAGGUCAUGUUGACCAUGAUGAUCUUGGUGUUAAAACAUUGUCAACAAGUGGUGUCACAUUGAUGUUAGUGACUAUAGCCUUAGUCAAUGGCUUGAGUAAUGGAAUUAUACCAGCUAUCCAAUCAUAUGCCUGCAUUCCAUACAGCUAUUAUAUUUAUCAUCUGACACUCACCCUGUCAAACAUUGUUAAUCCUCUCACAUGUUUUGUGUUUCCCUUCAUUCCCACCAAAUCAAUGAUAGUAAUAAGUGUCCUGAGUUUUGUGUACUUGGGUAUGUGCACAUACAUUCUCAUCAUCGCUUUGCAGAGUCCCACGGUACUUCUACAAUGUGAAGAUUCUGGUGCAGCUUUAAUUGUAAGUACAUUGUGUUCUACAUGUAGCUCAAAAAAGGGUUGAUCAGUCAACCCUUUUUACCAAUAAGGCCCACUUGAGACACCAAACUUUUCAUUAGGCAAACCUAAUACACUGUAUUAAGGUGGCUUGAUACAGUUUUUCAGGGUCAAUACCUCCCAAGUUUGAGCAUAAACUACUUCCCCAUAAACAAAAAUAUUGGAAAAAUUGCCACCACAGUUGUAUAAGACAAAGAUGAAAAUUUGUUAUGAUCAGGGUUGUUAUCAGAGUUGUAAUAGCAAUAAAAUAAUGCCAUAAUUUAUCUAUUUUACUUACCAGAGUAUUUCUCUGCGCUGGGAACUGUUCUUCAAAAAUCAUUCACAGGAGCUUUUUCCUCCAACAGCCACCUCGAUAUUCGUGAAGUUUAAGCAAAAUCUGUAAGAGCAUUAUUAAGAUGUUUUGGGAUGAGGUUAUUAUGGUUAGAAAUACAGUUUAAAAUGCUUAAUCUUGAUGUUAGGUCAUUAUCUGUAGAAAACAAAGAACUGUUGAUCAACUUCACCUCAUAGGAAGGGCUCAACCAUUCUUCACGCCUAGCCCAGCUGGGAAUUUCCAUUACGGAUCGACUUUGGAAUAGCUUUGAUUCAGACACCAAUUUUUUCGUGUACCAAACCUGAUGUGUAAAUUAUAGCAUAUUUUGCUGGCAGUUUGACUUGGAAAUGAGCAUUUUUCUCCAUUUGAAUUAGGAAAUAAAUAAUUUAAGGUCGGUCUUAAUUUGAAUGAGGUUCAGCUCGUGAAACGUUCGGUAUCUGAACCAGGCCUAAGAAAGGCAGUGCGUCUCUAAAAUGUCAUUGCAGUGAUUAUUCUUAAUUUAUAAAGUUAUAAGUAAGCAGUACUCCUUCCACACUUGUUAUUUCAUUGGCAUAACACAUGAUAGUGGGGUCCCUCUAAGGGCAGGUACAAAUGUCCCUGUAAGAAUUCAAAGCCCAUUGUUUUGGAUAGUAAGGAGGAAGCUAAGGUAUGUCCCUGUUGGUAUUUUAUUGUUGUAUUUGGGCUUGUCUUCGUCAGUGCCACAGUCUUAAACCAUUUUACUGUUAUUUGUCAUCAUAACAUCUUUCUUACUUUGUUGUCUCAAGGCUAAGUCCCUUUUCAAUAUUACCCUAACAGCUGCCCUCUUGAAACAUUCAUCACACCUUCUCAUAUGUAGAAGCUGCUAAGAAGCAUUGUCUAUACUCUUGUUAUGAAAGUGUUCAAUAUGUAAAAAAAAAGGGAGUGAAAGUGUUGUGACCGAAAAUUGUCAAUUCUUGUUUUAGCAUUUAGUGGCUCCAAAACUCUCCCAAGUUAUUUUGUAAUGCUAUUUUAUAAAACCAGGAGACAAAACAAAGAAAUAUGCUGUCAAGUUUAAAAGACCCUCAUGGCUAAGUGAAUUAACUAAGCCUUGAUGAGCUCUUGAGAAAAGCUAAACUCACGACACUUGGCUGUCACUGAUUGAAGGAUAUAGCCAUAAUUAUGUAUAAGGCAAAGUACAAUAUAUGCCCUCCUUAUAUAAAGGACAUUUUUAAGCUAGAUAAACCUCGCUAUGGGCUCAGAAAUUGUGGUGACUUUUUUAAUCCUCGAUACAACACAACAACUUAUGUGAGACAUACCCUGAGAUACGUGGGCCCAGUAAUAUGGUCUCAACUAAGUAAGGAUGUAAAAAACGCAGAAUCAAUUUACAGCGUUAAAAAGAAAAUUUGCAAGGUAGAUCUUGAACAAGUAAUCACAGAGGGCUGUAAAAACUGCUUUCUAUGUUGUACAUAAAUGACAUUUUGUAGACAAAAAGGACUCCUCUUAAUCAAUAAGUAUUAUUUUAUAUGACAAUAUCGGCAUUUUGUUUUAGGAUUUAUAUUGUGGUAAAUUUUAUUCUUUGUAAAUAUAUAUAUAAUUUUUUUUAUAUUAAUUAGUUAGAGCUGAUAGUAUUUUAAUUUAGUGUCCCCUAUUAGUAGGCCUUAUAUGGCCAGCUAGAAAACCUGACACUGAAAUAAAGUUUAUCAUCGUCAUCAUCAUCAUCUAAUCAGCCUUAGGUUAUGAAUGUAGACAAAAGAAAUGAGCAAGGAUGCGCUCAAAUGAAAGCAAGAUACUCCCGACCCAUAUUGCUGACACCUCUGUACUUAAAAGAACUUUUUGUUGCUAGCAUCCCUUCCAGUUGAAAAAAGAAAUCUUUGAGAUAUUUUUCUUAUAAUAUUAGCAGGAAGCUGAACUAAAAUGUGAGAUUAACUUAGUGAUACCGGCACCAACUUAAAUUAACUUUUUAACUUAUAGGUUGUGGUAAGCGUUGCUGCUGUUGCUGUGGUAACAUAUAUCAAAGUUGCCAUUGGAGGAAUCAUGCGUGAAAAAGGUCACAAGCAUUUGCUGUGGUAUGGAAUAAGCACUCAAGUGGGCUCCUGUAUUGGUGCUCUGGCAAUUUUUGCUCCUGUAAAUGUCUACCACUAUUUCAAACAAGGAUGA